AUGGAAGUUAUGAUGAACGCUCUCAAGGGACGGGUGUCCAGUGACCUUGAUGACCUUGUCAACCGGACUGACUCGCCAUUCACCACCGCCGUCAACUCCUUCCCCCUGCCGAGUAAGUUCCGCGUGCCACAUAUGGAUAGUUAUGAUGGGGUCAAGGACCCUUUAGACCACCUAGAGACCUUUAAGACCUUAAUGCACCUUCAAAGAGUAGCAGGCGCAAUUAUGUGUAGGGCCUUCCCUACAACGCUAAAGGGUGCGGCAAGGAUUUGGUUUAGCAGGCUAGCACCCAACUCCAUCAGCACCUUCAAGGAGCUAAGCGCUCAAUUUACUGCGCACUUCAUCGGGGGACAUCGGUACAAGAAGUCUACGGCUUGCUUAAUGAAUAUCAAGCAGCAAGAGGAGGAAACGUUGAGGGCCUACAUAUCCUGCUUCAAUAAGGAGGCGCUCUCGAUCGACGAAGCUGACGACAAGAUACUUGUAGCGGCAUUCACGAAUGGGCUGAAGGGGAGUAAGUUUUUGUUCUCCCUGUACAAAAAUGACCCGAAGACAAUGUUAGAGGUGCUUUACAGGGCCACCAAGUAUAUCAACGCUGAAGACGCGCUGGGCCCGAGAAGAGAGGCCCAAGAAAAGAGAAAGGCAAGAAGACACCCGACAGGACCGGGGCUGGAAGAAAGGAAGAGUAGGAGACCGAAGGGAGGAGAGACGUCCUAA